AAAUAAUGGUCUUGAUGCCUUGGGUCCCUCCCAGAGUGCCCAUACCCCUUUCGUCGAUCAUAUUCUUAUCCGAUUCCAUUAUGCCUCAUGGCUGAACAGUUUUUGCGAUCGAAUUCGCCCGGCACUGCUGAGCUGCAAGAGUUCGUUCUGCGGGACGCUACAAAGGCUGACCUGGACGGCAUAACUCGCGUCGAUGUGGAAGGCUUCGAGGAGAACCCCUUGGUACAAUAUUGCUAUCCCUUGAGGCACCAAUUCCCUGAAGAUUAUUGGCAUUGGACGUGGAAGGAGUACGAAGAAUAUCUAGACCAGCCCCAGAAAUACGUCGUCCACGUCCUCCAGAAUCCCGAUUCCGAUGACGCCGCCGCCCAAAUUGUAGGUGUUGCCGUUUAGGACAUUUCGGUGACCACCAUGCCAAAAGAAGAUCCGGGUCUUGACACGAGGAAGGACGCGGACAAGGCGCACUGCGAGGCAUUUGACGCAGCACUCGGGCAGCGCUUCAGGACGUACUUUCCAUUCGGCGAUAAGCAGCUUUACCUCUCUAGUCUCAUCGUUCGCCCUUCGUUCAGGCGGCGCGGCGCCGGCACAUUGCUGGUUAAUUGGGGAAUCCAGCUCGCAGAGGGACGAGGCUGGCCUGUCACUUUGGCCGCAACUCCCAUGGGAAAGUUUCUGUAUGCAAGCCUCGGGUUUCAGGUUAUCGGAGUGGAGGUCAUCAGGGCAAACGGUGAGGAGGAGAGCUUGGAGACCACGAUGAUGGUGCGUGACUUGACGAGCGCCCAAAGGCCAGGCCCCGCGUGACAUGGGCUGAGAAAUAGCUUGUGGAACUUUCAUGAUGGUGUGAGGUUUGAGUAUUCAGCCAACAGAAAUUCAUACAGAAGGUCUGGAAAUCUA